CCUGGCACAAGCCUGUCCUCCCCACCCCCAGGCCUCGGCUCUCUUAUAAAAGGGCUGAGCCACGCGCUCCCCUCACUGGGGGUGUGGAGAGCAGGGGGGACCAUGGACUUCGUCAGCAUUCAGCAGUUGGUGAGCGGAGAGAGGGUCGAAGGGAAAACGUUGGGAUUUGGGCCUGAAGUUCCUGAUCCUGGAGGCUGGCCUACUGACUGGAGGCUGGGACUCCAAGAGGCCGUGGCCUGGGAGAAGCUAAAAUUGGAAGAAGAGAAGAAGAGGAAACUGGAAAGAUUCAACAGCUCCAGACUGAACCUGGAGACCGUGGCUGACUUGGAAAACUUAGUUCAAAGACGGAAAGAAAAGCGACUGAGACUGAGACGCAGAGUCCCCCCCAGGGAACCUGAGCCCGUGGCUAAGUCGCAGCCCCAGGCCCAGCUGGAGCCUGUGGACCUGGAGAUGUUCCUGAAGGCAGCUGCUGAGAACCAGGAAGCCCUGAUUGACAAGUUCCUGACCGAUGGAGGGGAUCCCAAUGCCCACGACAAGCUGCACCGCACAGCCUUGCACUGGGCCUCUCUGAAGGGUCACCUCCAGCUGGUGAGCAAGCUGCUGGCGGCCGGUGCCACCGUGGAUGCUCGGGACUUGCUGGACAGGACUCCUGUGUUCUGGGCCUGCCGAGGAGGACACCUGGACAUCCUCAAACUGCUGCUUAACCAGGGCGCCCGGGUCAAUGCACGGGACAAGAUCUGGAGCACCCCCCUCCACGUGGCCGUGCGCACGGGCCACUCCAACUGCCUGGAGCACCUCAUCGAGUGUGGAGCCCUCGUUGACGCCCAGGACAAGGAAGGGGACACAGCGCUCCACGAGGCUGUGCGGCACGGCCACUACAAGGCCAUGAAACUGCUGUUGCUCUAUGGGGCCAAGCUGGCCGUGCAGAACGCGGCCUCCCUGACACCAGUGCAACUGGCACGAGACUGGCAAAAGGGCAUCCGGGAAGCGCUGCAGGCCCAUGUGGGGCAUCCCCGCACCCGGUGCUGAGGCCCCGGACCUGCGGCUCCCUCACAGCCACCAUUCCGUUCCCCUCUCCCUGCAUCUGUGCUCUGUGGGCCUCGCCUUCAGUGGCGACCCCCCUCAGGGCUCUGCUUCCUGUCAGAGCUGAGGGGCAGUCAGAGCCCUAUAGGCGGAGAGACCCUGGCUUGUGGCUGGGUUGCCACAUCCCCCACUAGGGCUGGGCCUGGGAAGGACUGAGGCAGAGGACCACAGACAGCUGCGAGCUGCAGUCCAGGCGAGGGCAGGAGGGCAGUGGAGCCCAGGGUGGGGCGGAAGCCGACGGGCCCUGGCCCAGCUACCAGGACUGGGCGUCAGGCCUCCUUAGUGUCCGUCCACUGUCCCCAGAGCAGGAGCCUGGCCUUCGCCUUCCACCAGGGCCAGUCUCCUGCAGGUGGUGAUUCAGAUGUGGCCAGCAGCUGCACCCAGGACACAGGAGAGGCCACCGAGCCAGCCGGGCAGGCGUCCGGCAUUGGUGCAGCUGCCAGCUGCCCUUGGCGGGGUCUCCCAGGGCCUGGUUCCUAUCAGCAGCAACCCUGGUAGGGUCUGCAGUGGCUCUAGGCACCUCAGGUCUUCAGGACUCUGGAGGCGGGUUCUGGUGGUUUGCAGGGCCCCUAAGCAGGGCGACGCCCCACAGAGCAGACGCCUGCACCCGCCCGGUUGCUCAGAAGCCGAAAGCUGAGGUGCUGGAGCCACAGUCCUGGGGGACCCGUGCCCUCCGCCUCAGGGCCCCCUGGGGCCUGCCUGAGCAGCGUUGGCGGCUGACCGGUGGCCCUCCGCAUGGGCCUGAGAGCCUGGGCGCUGGGGCUUGCUUGUGGCCCACCCAGCUCUUGGGGCGGUGGCCCGCAACCCUCAUGCCAGAGGCUCUCUUGCCCCCAGUCCUAGAGAGGCCAGACCAGGCCUGCAGCCGCAUCCACCCUGCUCAUCCCCACAGCGGUGCAUGCUGAGGAGCCCUGCGCUCUUCCAUGGGGACAUGCCAGCCGCUGCAUCCCCACCUGCCAGCUGGUGGCCACGAGGGCCCCUUCCCCCAAGCUCCCAGGGCUCUUCCCUCUGGCAGUGCAUGUUUCCAAGUUCCCCAGGGUGGGCCUGAGCGCUGGCAGGGCUGGCUCCUUAAUGCCAGAAAGCGGGUCCUAAAGAGCCCUACCCUCAACUGGGAACCACAGGCUGAGGGAAGGGCUGGGACAAUGCCUGGCCUCCUCAUGGUCCUGGGUUGACCUCACAGGGCAGACAUUCAUUCUGCAGCAGUUAUUUUGACUUUAACUUUGGUGGCCUUCUCAGGCCAAGAACACGACUACGAUACUUGUGAAAGGCUGACUAGAGCCCCCCGGGGCCACACCAUUCCACGGGCAGCUCCUGCCCCGUGGUGACAGCCAGCGCACGCCCAGAUGCUGGUGCUGUGGGCAGAUCAGGCGCUGUAGACCAUGGCAAUGACAACUCCUCAUCUAGAAAAUGAGGAGACUAAGUGACAGACAAAAAUGACUUUUUAUACAGAUCAGUAUUUUUUUGUUCAUUAAAUUGGUUGAUGACCUACCGUA